AUGUCAAAAGACAUCAUAGCCCAGAGCUGGAACUACAAAGUAUUCAGUGUCCCUAAUUUCUACUGCCAGUGGACAAUAGACAACUUCCAUUUUAUUUUAGAGGAAGAGCAGGGCAGCAUUAUAAGUCCAAUUUUCUCAACAGGAGACAAUGACAACUGGUGUUUGAGAGUUCACCCGAACGGGGUCGAUGAAGAAAGCUCAGAUUACCUGUCAGUUAACCUAAAGCUGCUCAGCUCUCCAAAGAGUGCCAUUAUUGCACAGUUUCAGCUCUGGAUCAUCAAUGUCAAAGGAGAAAAAACAGAAACUAUCACAAGUCCAAAAUCCUUUAGGUUCCUGCCAGGCUAUGAAGGGGGUUACAAAAUGUUCGUCCUUAAAGAUUUUCUCUUGGACCAUGAGUAUUGGCUUCUCCCUGAAGACAAACUCACCCUCUUCUGCAGAGGAAUCCUGUACCCAGACUCCCACAAAAUCUCUGAGGAAAGCACAAACCCAGAGAUCGAGGCUCCAAGGUGCACGCUGGCAGAUGAGCUAGGAGAUCUCUGGGAGAAUUCCCACUUCACAGACUGCUGCCUGGUGGUAGCUGGCCAGGAAUUCCGGGCUCACAAGGCCAUCUUAGCUGCUCGCUCUCCAGUUUUCAGAGCCAUGUUUGAACAUGACAUGGAGGAGAGAAGAACAAAUCGCAUUGAAAUUCGUGACCUAGAACCAGAAGUCUUCAAGGCAAUGAUGGACUUCAUUUACACCGGGAAGGAACCAGAUCUCCACAACAUGGCAGACACUGUGCUGGCAGCUGCUGACAUGUACGGCCUGGAGGGUUUGAAGAUCCUGUGUGAGAGGGCCCUCUGCAGGGACCUCUCUGUGGAGAAUGCUGCCCACACUCUCUUCCUGGCUGACCUCCAUAGCACACGGCAAUUGAAAACUUGGGCCCUGGAUUUCAUUACAGCUCAUGCUUCUGAGGUCUCUGAGACCUCUAGUUGGAAGACAAUGGUGGAUUUAUACCCCUACUUGGAGGCUGAAGCAUACAGCGCCAUUGCUUCUCCUCAAUGUUCUUUACUGGAGUCUCCCCUCAAAGGCCUGAAGCAAACCUAG